UGCGAAUGUGCCCUCAACGGACAAUCGAAGCAAGUUAACGAUGGCGCUGCCCAUGAGAAGAGAAAUGUUGUUAAACACGUGCCCCACAUGGACUAUUAACUGCAGUUCGGUCUGUUAUUGUAUGUGGGUGUCAACAAAAUAAGCGUGUUGUAGCAAAUAAUGAAUAUGACAAAAACACGAUGUUUAUGUCUCUUCACGAAGGGAAUUCUUAAUCUUCGAAAAGGUCAAAUAUUUUGUCGGCGGGAUGGGCAUGAUGGGCUGUUUACAUCAACUCGUCACGUUCAUGAGGCCGUCUCUGCUGAUCGCCCGCCCCCCUCUACCUCCGCUCGAAACAACUGGACAAGAACAGCAGCGGACAAGAAUAAACGGAAGUGUGCUCCUCCUCCAUUGUUCUCUAUUUCAAAACCCCUAAAUAUUCAAUGUUGCCAUUCAAAUUGUAGGCAUUAUUCAAACAGUAAUAAUGGCAAUGACAAAAAUGAUAAAAAUAUCUCCACUCUGUUUAUUCCCGUCCCGGUGAAAAUGACUUUCAAUCCGGAUGAUAUAAAUAUUGGAGAAGAGCUUGGUGCCAGUCUUAAGGAUAAAAAAGCGGAGCUCUUACAAGUGCUGAAUUUAUUCUACAGACGGAAAGAAAUACAGAGACUGGCAGCUGAGAGUGGCUUAGAUGAACAUUUAUUUCAUCAGGCAUUUGUGAGUUUCCGAAAGUACAUCGUAGAGGUCGAAGCGUUGGAGCCAGAUCUACACAUAAUUCUGAGUGACAUUCUGGCGGAGGCUGGCCACGUUGACGACAUUUUCCCGUACUUCUUACGUCAUGCAAGACAAGUCUUCCCUGCUCUAGACUGUAUGGAAGACUUGAAGAAAAUCAGUGACCUCACUGACCCGGCACAAUGGUAUGGAGACGCAAGAGACAUCAAAAGGAAAAUAGUUUUUCAUGCGGGCCCGACUAACAGUGGGAAAACAUACCACGCUUUGGAGAGAUUCUGCAAUGCUAAAUCCGGUGUCUACUGCGGACCGUUGAAACUCUUGGCUAGUGAGGUUCACAUGAAGACAAAUGAUAAGGGCAUUAUGUGUGAUCUUGUGACUGGUGAGGAACGUCGCUAUUCUAAUCCUGAAGGAAUACCUUCAAGUCAUCUGGCCUGUACUGUCGAGAUGACAAGUGUCAAUCAACCCUAUGAAGUCGCCGUGAUUGAUGAGAUUCAGAUGUUGAGAGAUCCAAGUCGAGGCUGGGCUUGGACUCGAGCCUUCCUAGGUUUGGCAGCUCAGGAGAUUCAUCUAUGUGGAGAGGAGGCGGCCAUUGAUCUCGUCCAACAACUCACAGCUUCAACCGGAGACGAGAUGGAGAUAAGACGCUACAAACGUCUUACGUCUCUCAAGAUUCUUGAUGAGCCAUUAGGGAGUUUGGAAAACACAAGACCUGGAGACUGUAUCGUUGCCUUCAAUAAGAAUGACUUGUAUUCAAUUAGUCGUCAGUUAGAGGCCAUGGGCAAAGAGUGUGCAGUAAUCUAUGGCAGCCUACCUCCUGGCACCAAACUAAGCCAAGCUAAGAAGUUCAACGACCCUGAUGACCCCUGUAAGAUCAUGGUAGCUACUGACGCUAUUGGAAUGGGUCUGAACCUGAGUAUUAAGCGAGUGAUAUUCAACUCUCUGAUCCGACCAAUCAUCAAUGAGAAAGGAGAAAAAGAGAUGGAUAGACUCUCUACAUCACAGGCUCUUCAGAUUGCCGGUCGAGCCGGGCGGUUCGGAACUCAAUUCCAAGAAGGAGAAGCCACAACGUUCCACGCUAGUGAUCUGAUAACACUCAAGGAUAUCUUAUCACACUCAGUGGAGAGCAUCGAGGCUGCGGGACUCCACCCAACCGCAGAACAGAUUGAGCUCUUUGCUUAUCAUUUACCGGAAGCAACUCUCUCUAACCUUAUCGAUAUCUUUGUGACAUUAUCGAAAGUGGACAGUAAUUACUUUGUUUGCAACGUGGAUGACUUUAAGUUUCUUGCCGACAUGAUACAACACAUCCCAUUGCACCUGAGGGCUCGCUACGUUUUCUGCUGCGCUCCAAUCAACAAGAAGCAUCCAUUUAUUAGUACAAUGUUCCUCAAGUUUGCUCGACAGUAUAGUCGGAACGAGCCGAUGACCUAUGACUGGUUCUGUCGGCAAGUUGGAUGGCCGCUAUCAGUUCCUAAGAAUAUACGAGACUUAAUGCACUUGGAGGCUGUGCAUGAUGUCAUGGAUCUCUAUCUGUGGCUCAGUUACCGAUUCAUGGACAUGUUCCCCGACACCUUAAUCAUUCGAGACAUACAAAGAGAACUAGACGACAUCAUUCAUCAAGGCGUUGACAACAUCACCAAGCUAAUCCGAGCUACUGAGAUCCGAUCAGCCAAUGGCGUGUCUUCACUCCCUGAUGAUGAAAUAACGAGGAAGAAACGCCUAGGAAAAUCAGCAGAUUCCGGUAAGAAGUCCAGGAGUAAGCCAUCAAGAGACAGCCUCAAGUCCCUCAAGGAUGAAUCGGACAUCCAGAAUCAUGAACUCGACCAGACAAAACUGAAAACCAUCUCUGGACGUUUGAGCAAAGAGCUGAUCAAACAGGGUCUGCUAUCGCAAGACGUCUUAGAUCAACUACAUCAAGAGUGGCUCAAUACUGGAACCAAGGGUGGUAGUAAAGGGAAUGGAAGGACAAGGAAAAAGAAGAAAUGAGAAUCAUUGAUUUUACAGUUUUUAUAAAACCUUUAUUACCAGUAUUUAAUACUCAAAUAGGAUUCAAGGCAUUCAUUUGUGAGGUAUCAAUGUAUGAUUUGGUUUGAUGUAACACCAAGUGUAUUAAUAUCGACUUGCUGACUAGAUUAUGUUCUUUUGAGAAAUUGUCUUGUCACCUGAUGAUGGCUAGAGCAAGCUAGUCAAAACUUUGAGACCAAUUAAGAACACUGCCGCAGUAGUGAAGUUAAUAACGAUCCACUAAAAUGCUUAAGUAGUAGUACCGGCCGAUUUUCUACCUUCCGCCCAGGUAGUAGUUGAGAAGCAGAAUAGUUCUUUUCAGAACUGAACUGAAAUUGCUCCUGAAUUUCGAAAAAAUCUAAUCUACAGUAGUAGAACAUACAGCAAGACAAGUUCUCAAAAGAACAUAAUCAAAAGUACCUAGCAAGUCUAGACGAUGUGACCUACGUUUACA